AUGUGUGAGCCGAAGAGGGCUUCAGGGAACAUCGAGGUUCCUAAAGAUGUCUUUGAGAAGUAUCAAGCCAAGGGGGCUACACGGGAGAAGUUGUUUGAGGCGUUUAUCAAAACUGGUGGGGAAAAGGAGCAGUUUAUCAAGGUGGUUCAGUUGGAGAAAUCGGUUGAGCAAAUCAACCAAUUGGAGACUGAAGGGGGCUUUUACACAGAGAAGGAGAUGAAAGAUGUUUUGAAGUUCACAGUCAAUGAGCUUGAGCAGCACAUGGAGGAGAUCCUGCAAGUCUUGAACAAGGUGGUUUCGUCUUGCAAGACGGUGGAUGCCUUGCACAAAGACUUGAACAACGUCUAUGAUCAAUUCACAGAUAUGCAGGGGGAUCUCAAGGUUGGGAAGUGCAAGAUUGACGAGGAGAAGGCCCAAAGCAAUCCAAUGCAUAACCUACCGUGCUACUUUGCUCCUGGCUUUGGCUUAGGUCCCACUGUGAGCGGAACGGCUGAGUACCUUGCUGGUCAAGUUGGUGCCGGGGUGCCAACCUUAGCCGACGUGCCUUGCUCAGAGGUGGUGAAGUGCGCCAAGAAAGCCUGGGACGACGCCGCUGGGUCUUCUAGCAGGGUUGCCAAAUGCCCUGUUGUUGAACGCAUGAAGGGCAUGAAUGAAGCCAAUGCGGAGGAGCAAACGCAUCCCGUUCUACGAAAAUACAACUUAUCCUUGCCGGUAGACUUGAGCCCUAUCUCUGGUGGUUUGCUGGACCAGUACCCGCGGCUGAAACCAAUAGACUUUUUGGAAUACAUGAGAGAAAGCGGCAGGCUCAACCGCCUUCUUGGGGGCAAGCAGGUUGCUGGUGCACGUCAGCAAUUGGAACAGUUUUGGAAGAAUUAUGAACUCUGCCACCCAGACUUCGGACUUUUUUUUGAAGAAAGUGUCGACUACGGUUUGUGCAUCCCAGUAUUUGCACACGCUGAUGGUGGCCGAGGGUACAAGAAGUCAGAGUUCAUGGUUUUCAACUGGAGCUCUGUAAUAGGCAGCGGCACUGGACAAGCCAACAAAAAGGACCACUCCAUUAGGCAGCUCAAGAAACAAUCGGACCAGUCUCAAAUCAAUUUGCUUGGAAACUCCUACGGAACUCACUACAUGUACUCCGUCAUGCCAGCUGCCUGGCAUAAAGAUGAUUCCCGCUUUCAAGAAAUGUUGACGCAAAUGGGGAAAGAUCUUUUUGAGUGCUACGAGCAUGGAGUUGAACUGUGUGGGGGGGAGCGCUUACGACUGGUGUGUCUGGGUCUCACGGCUGACCUGAAACUUCAGGCCAGAGCUGGCAAGUUUACACGUUGGUACUCAACGUGUAGGAAAGCACCCCAGGAUGAGACCAAGAAGACUCAAACCAUUGGCAUGUGCUGCUUUCUUUGCCCAGCAGGCCACCCUCAGAUCCCGUUUGAAGAGAUUCACACUGAGUUCCCUACGUGGCGGCAGGAGAUGGCUGAGUUCGCAGUCGUGCCACCUUGGAAUGAGGGGGAUACUUGUGGUCUGCUCACAGAAUCUUUCCUUUACCAUUCCCAGCCAGCCAAGUUCUUCCUCAUUGACUUGUUCCAUACGUACUUGGCUGGGUUUGGUCAAGAUCAUGCAGCUUCAUGCCUGGUGUUCAUGUUGGGGAAAAUCUUUGGUGGAACAAGUGUUGAAGUGCAGCUUGAGAGUUUGAAUGCUGCUUGGCGUCAUUGGAAGAGAAUGCACCAUGUGACCACCCACACCUACAACUUUACCCGCCAGCUUCUCAACUUCUUGGAUGGGACCAAGACAUUCCCAACAGGUACCUGGUCAAAGGCGUCUGAUACAGCUAAAAUUUUGACCUUCAUCUCGGACAUGUUGGACCUGUAUGACGACAAAGUGUCCAGUGACAAAGGGCUCUACUACAUCAAGGUUUCGUGUGGUUCCCUUCGUGAAUCAAUGGUGAGCUUAUACAUGGCUGACCUUUGGGUUGACCCCUGGAUGAAAGAGUACAAACUUUCUUUUCUUUUGAAACACUGGUAUGCCCUGUAG